AUGAUUAAUUUAACUAAACGCAUCAAGAAAUUAUUUGAAGGGUAUGAGCUACCAAUGGAUGAACAUAACCAACUCACAUGCAAUCAAUGUACUGUUUUUAAUACGACAGAAAGAGAUGAGUGGUUGAAGCAUGUACGAAAAUAUCAUUACUCGGAAUUCGUCCGUUUAGUCCAAGAGAGAGAAGGUUGUCAAAAAGCUCUUACUGAUGAACCACUUGCCAAUAUAUCAGAUAAUGAAGAUGAUGAUGAUAAAACUGCUAAUACUGAUACACCACGUUUUGAAUUUGAUGCUUUAACAGCUAGUGCAGAUUUAGGUCGUUCUGCUCCUCAACGACGAUUUCAACUAGGUCCUCCAGCAUCGGGUACAAAUCAAUAUGAUUUUAUUCCUCAACAAUUGGAACAAAAUCGUGCAACAACAAGUACAACUCCACGUGAUUUUAUUCCUCAACGUCAAUUUCAACCAAAUUGUCCACCAUCUAAUAUAAAUCAAUAUUGUUUUAUUUCUCAACAACAAUUUCAACCAAAUCGUGCUACAACAGGUACAAUUCCACGUGAUUAUAUUUUUCAACAACAAUUUCAACCAGGUCCUCCAGCAUUUAGUACAAAUCAAUAUGAUUUUAUUCCUCAACAAUUGAAACAAAAUCGUGCAAUGACAAGUACAACUCCACAUGGUUUUAUUCCUCAACAACAAUUUCAACCAAAUCGUGCUACAACAGGUACAAUUUCACGUGAUUUUAUUUCUCAACAAUUGGAACAAAAUCGUCACACAACAACAAGCACGUUUCCAGGUGAUUUUCCUCCUCAACAACAAUUGCAGUUUGAUAAUACAACAACUGAUCCACUUCAACAAGCUAAAAUUCGUGAUAAGACUAUUGAGAAAGUUGGAAAAUAUUUUUAA